UCCCUUUUCCGUUUUCUCCCUCACUGUCGCUCGCCGGUCCUGGCUCCGCGCCUGCGCCACCGGGUUCGCGUCGGAUUCGCUCCCUCUUCGCCGCGCCCCACCACUCCAUCGUCGCUGGGGGAUCUCUAGGGUUUAGCGCAGUCGCCGGCUCCACCUCGCGCCGUCCUCGCCGCCGCCACCACCACCACCACCAUGCCGCUCAGGUUGGAGAUCAAGCGGAAGUUCGCUCAACGGUCGGAGAGGGUCAAGUCGGUGGAUUUGCACCCCACGGAGCCAUGGAUCCUGUCGAGUCUGUACUCGGGGAGUGUCUGCAUCUGGGAUUAUCAAGCACAGGUAAGGCCGUUAGGGCCCGAACAGGUUUUUGGAAACGCCAUGUGCAUGAGUUCAUACCAAUGUUAGUAAAUAAGAUAUGAACCAAACAUAACAUUAGGGUUUACUCCCUUAAUGCUGGAUCCUUUACUCCAGAUCAUCUUUGCUGUUGCUAUGAUCUAUGGUGUUGCCUAUAUAAGGUGCUGACAUGCUGUAGAACUUUGCACAUCUAAGUUUCAGUUAUGAGCUUUAAUAACUUUAUGGCCACCUUUCUUAUUUCUUUCACUAUAUGUUGUUCAAGUAUAUAUAGCAUUAUGGCUACAAACAGCACUUGAUCUUUCGGACACAUUAUUACACAUCUACAAUCUACAUUGAAUUUUUGAUCCUGGGUUACCGUUGAUAGUUCAUUUUCGUUUACCACUGCGUGACACUUAAUGAUUAUGUUCUCCCUUUUUUAGCCACUCUGCAUUUCUGUGAGCUAAGGUGUUAACCUAAUGACCUUUUAAAUUGUUGUAUAAUAUGACCCAUUUCUGUUUCGUUUCUGUCACUAAUCUUCAUGUUCAUGGUUGUGGGCUGAACCAAUAUGUGUCUGAGCUGCAUUGUCGAGCUAUUACAUAUCACAUAUGCACCUGCAGUUCUGCAAGAUCUGUAUGCUUGAGUACAAAACGGGGGAUUUACCUUAGGCAAUGGUGAAAUCAUUUGAAGUUUCAGAACUGCCAGUGAGGUCGGCAAAAUUUAUUUCAAGGAAACAAUGGGUUGUAGCUGGUGCAGACGACAUGUUCAUUCGUGUCUACAACUACAAUACCAUGGACAAAGUCAAAGUUUUUGAGGCUCAUACUGAUUACAUUAGAUGUGUUGCAGUCCAUCCAACUCUACCAUAUGUGCUGUCAUCAUCUGAUGACAUGUUAAUAAAACUGUGGGACUGGGAUAAAGGGUGGAUGUGCACUCAAAUUUUUGAGGGACAUUCACACUAUGUGAUGCAGGUUACUUUCAACCCAAAGGAUAUUAACACUUUUGCAAGUGCAUCUCUUGAUCGCACUACAAAGAUAUGGAGUUUAGGUUCUCCAGAUCCAAACUUCACACUUGAUGGACAUCAAAAGGGUGUCAAUUGUGUUGACUACUUCACUGGUGGUGACAGGCCCUAUUUGAUUACUGGUUCUGAUGACUCCACUGCAAAGGUCUGGGAUUACCAGACGAAAAGCUGUGUUCAGACACUUGAAGGGCAUACACAUAACAUUUCUGCUGUUUGUUUCCAUCCUGAGCUCCCUAUAAUCAUUACUGGAUCCGAAGAUGGUACAGUUCGUAUAUGGCAUUCAACAACUUACAGACUUGAGAACACACUAAACUAUGGCCUUGAGAGAGUCUGGGCUGUUGGAUACAUGAAGGGAUCAAGAAGGAUGGUGAUUGGUUAUGACGAGGGGGCCAUUAUGAUAAAAAUGGGCCGUGAAGUACCUAUAGCAAGUAUGGAUACCGGUGGGAAAAUCAUUUGGGCGAAACAUAAUGAAAUACAAACUGUAAAUAUUAAGACAGUCGGUGCAGGCUUUGAGGUCACAGACGGAGAGAGAUUACCGUUGGCUGUAAAAGAGUUAGGAAGCUGUGAUUUGUACCCACAGAGCUUGAAGCAUAAUCCUAAUGGACGGUUCGUUGUUGUAUGUGGAGAUGGUGAGUACAUAAUUUAUACUGCCCUGGCCUGGAGGAAUAGGUCAUUUGGAUCUGCACUGGAAUUUGUUUGGUCAUCAGAAGGAGAAUAUGCAAUUAGGGAAAGUACAUCAAGAAUAAAGAUUUUCAGUAAAUCAUUUCAGGAGAAGAAAACUAUCCGCCCUUCAUUUUCAGCAGAGCGUAUUUUUGGUGGGGUAUUGUUGGCAAUGUGUUCUAGUGAUUUCAUCUGCUUUUAUGACUGGGUUGAUUGUAGACUAAUACGCCGAAUCGAUGUGAAUGUUAAGAACGUUUACUGGGCUGAUAGUGGUGACCUAGUUGCAAUAGCAAGUGAUACAUCAUUCUACAUCCUCAAGUACAAUAGAGAUGUUGUUGCUUCUUAUCUAGAAGGUGGAAAGCCUGUGGAUGAAGGUGUCGAAGAUGCUUUUGAGCUGCUUCACGAGGUCAAUGAGCGAGUGAGAACUGGAAUUUGGGUUGGAGACUGCUUUAUCUAUAACAACUCGUUGUGGCGCCUAAAUUAUUGUGUUGGUGGUGAGGUCACUACAAUGUAUCAUUUGGAUCGCCCUAUGUACCUAUUGGGAUAUCUUGCGAACCAAAGUCGAGUUUAUCUUAUUGACAAGGAGUUUAAUAUCAUUGGGUACACAUUACUUCUGAGUUUGAUUGAGUACAAGACCCUUGUGAUGCGUGGGGAUUUGGAACAUGCAAAUGAAAUUUUAUCAUCCAUACCAAAGGCACAAUACAAUAGUGUUGCUCAUUUUUUGGAAUCUAGAGGUAUGUUGGAAGAGGCUCUUGAGAUAGCCACGGAUGCUGACUACAAGUUUGACCUAGCUGUGCAGCUUGGAAAAUUAGAUGUUGCAAAGGCUAUCGUCAUAGAAGCACAGAGUGAAUCUAAAUGGAAGCAGUUGGGUGAACUCGCCAUGUCCACAGGCAAGCUAGAGAUGGCGGAGGAAUGCCUUCUUCAAGCGAAGGAUUUAAGUGGCUUGUUGCUAUUGUACUCAUCUCUUGGAGAUGCUGAAGGAAUUGAAAAGCUUGCUUCUUUGGCAAAAGAACAUGGAAAAAACAAUGUUGCUUUCCUCUGCCUUUUCAUGCUUGGUAAAGUGGAAGAUUGCAUACAGUUGCUUGUAGACAGUAGCCGUAUACCUGAAGCUGCACUAAUGGCGCGAUCGUAUCUUCCUAGCAAAGUACCAGAAAUAGUAGCAAUUUGGAGAAACGACCUCAGUAAAAUUAAUCCAAAAGCUGCAGAGUCUCUGGCAGAUCCUUCUGAAUAUCCAAAUUUAUUUGAAGACUGGCAGGUUGCUCUAACUGUAGAAAAAAGCGUUGCUUCUCAGAGGGAUCAUUAUCCUCCUGCUGACCAAUACUUGAAUCAUGCUGAGAAGUCAGGCAUGAUUCUUGUGGAAGCUUUCAAAAGGAUGCAGGUCAUUGAGCAUGAGGAACCUGAAGAUGCAGCUGAGGAAAAUGGAGAACCUGAUCAACAGGCAUCGGAAGAGAAGGAAAUGCAUAACACAGAUGAUGCUGAUGAACAUGAAGAGACAGUUUCAGUAAAUGGGAACGAGGGUGAGGAACAGCAGGUGCUAACUGAACAUGAAUAGGGGCCGAGGGAAGCACAACGCAUUGGCUGCAAAUGUUAUUUUUUCCCGAGGGUAACAAAUGUGGCCCCCAGUUUUACCCUGAAGCACCGGAAACUGGUGAUGCUUGUGGCCAUUGGAGGCCACCUGAUGCUUGUCCGAUCUUUCUGAGUGAACCCCAAGCUUGACAUAUUGAUGCUUGCUACACUUUUGGUGUCGAUAUGCUUCUUCUGCCAACAACAUAGGCAAUUCUUUCUUCUCGGAUCAUCUGCGGACCCGAUUUCUAUGCGCUCGAACCAAUGAACUGGGUGGGGACUGUGGAGCCAUUUUGUGAUGAAUAGUUCGAAUAAUCAGUAUAGAGGUACGUUGUAAGAUAUGCCAGAUUACCAUAGCCAUCGAAUUCUCCUAGGAGAUGACAGUUUUUGUUAGCCAUUCAUUGUAAUGAUGUUACUUGAUAAGGAAGGUUACGUGUAGUAUAUGAUUGCGGUUGCGGGCCGAGGGUUUUGCCCAUGUUAUACUUAUAUAUAGUGGUAUCAAUCCAUCGGAUCGGAGGCUCUCGUCUACUGAUGCCUAAUCAAUGCCGAUGACUGCGAGAAUUCAAUGCCUA